UACAAGAACAAAACAACACAUGACGUUCCGUCUUAACGUGAUCUUCGUCUGAAUCCACCGUAGCCAGAACCAACCAACCAACUACCCAAAUCCAUAAAAAAGAGGGAGAAUUAUUGAAAGGAAGAGGAAGAAGAGAAGAAGAAGAAGAAGAAGAAGAGUGAGAGAUCCAUAAAUAUGGAGAGCACCGACUCGUCCACCGGUUCGCAACAACCGAACCUUCCACCGGGUUUCCGGUUCCACCCCACCGACGAGGAGCUCGUUGUUCACUACCUGAAGAAGAAAGCUGCAUCAGCUCCUCUCCCAGUCGCCAUCAUCGCCGAGGUUGAUCUCUACAAGUUCGAUCCAUGGGAGCUACCAGCUAAGGCAGCGUUUGGGGAGCAAGAGUGGUACUUCUUUAGCCCAAGGGACAGGAAGUAUCCGAACGGUGCUCGGCCAAACAGGGCGGCAACUUCCGGGUACUGGAAGGCAACCGGGACGGAUAAGCCGGUGCUGACCUCCGGUGGGACCCAGAAGGUCGGCGUGAAGAAGGCUUUGGUCUUCUAUGGAGGGAAGCCCCCCAGAGGGAUAAAGACAAAUUGGAUCAUGCAUGAGUAUAGACUUGCUGAUAACAAACCUAACAAUAGGCCUCCUGGUUGUGACUUGGGUAACAAGAAAAACUCUCUAAGGCUUGAUGAUUGGGUAUUGUGCCGAAUCUACAAGAAGAACAACACACAUAGGUCUCCAAUGGAACAUGAGAGGGAAGAUUCCAUGGAUGACAUGAUUGGAGGGAUUCCUCCUUCCAUCAACGUGGGCCAAAUGAAUGCAAGAUUUCAUCUCUCAAAAAUGUCAACAAGCUUUAGCAACGCUUUGUUGGAAAACGACCAUCACCAUCACCAGAAUCUUCUGGAAGGUAUGAUGCUAGGAGGAGGAACCAACAACAGCAAUCCAAACAUGUUGGGAUUGGGAUCAGCCUCAAACACCAUUAACAAUAAUAGUAAUAAGGCAGAGCUUUCAUUUGUACCAACCAUGACUACAUCUUCAAACACCAAGAGGACUCUAUCAUCACUCUAUUGGAAUGAAGAUGAUGUUGCUGCCAACACAACAUCAUGGGAACAAUACCUUAUCAAAUUCAAGGAAUGAAUUGGUAUGCUUAGGUACACAUACAUACAAUUCCCAUGUUUAAUUAAUUAAUUAAUUAAUUAUACUAUAUUGAAUAUUGAUGAUCAUGACAUGCACAUGUAGAAAUUAAAUUAAUGAACUUAAUUAGUUUAGAAGGGUGAAUGAGUAUUCUCAGCUAUAGUGGUGGUGGUGAUGCUGAUACCUUAACACUAGUGUCUCUCUAGCCAAUUUAGAUUGUAAAGAUUUUAAUUUGGUGUUUGAGAUUUUGGUUGUUUAGGAAAAAUUAUUGGAUCAAAUUAGUAGAUGAUGAUGAAGAUGGCCUC